AUGAAGCUUCUCAAGAUUUCUGUCAUGUUGACUGCCUUUGCUUCGACCAUUUUGGCGCUGCAAAAGGUCGAGGUCAGAGUCAGUGACGAAAUGGUGGAAGCUGGAAAUGUCGAUCUGUAUGCGGCCACUUGGGAGGCUAUUUAUGCCGAAAAUGGAAAUCAAAGAGCCGUUACCAUCGACAAGACAUAUCCUGGCCAGUUGAAGCGCUGCCACCAAGACCUAAAGACCGAAAUCAACGUGCGUGUCUACGUCGAAGGCGCAUGGGGUGAUACCGGCGGUGUCAACCAUAAUAACCGGGAUGCCUUGGUCCAAGCAGCAUGGAAAGCAAUCAACGAGAUUUCGGCCAAAGAUGCAUAUGACAUUUUUACCGGAUGCUGCUUCACCGACCCUAUCCAGCCCUCGUGUUCUGUCCCAUCAAAGUUUGUUUGUGACCGAGACUCAUGUGGCUGCCAGGGAGGACAGCACGCGGUCUGUUCUACGCGAACAACAGGACAUAAGGUUCCUUCCCACAUCAACGCGUAUAUAUACGAUGAUCACGACAAUCUCCUAUCUGACCACCUUCAAAUCACCUUCUCGUCUUCCUCUACGGAGCCAAGCGGCGGAUGUGGCAUUGUUGGAACGCUUACAUCAGAAUUCGCUGGCUUUGCCUUUCCUGGUGUACUUGGGACGCUUUUCCAGAAAGGCAUCGAGCUUGGCUGCGGGGCCUGA